AUGCGAGCGCUCUCGUUAUUCGAAGGCCAGCUCCCCGGUGACGCGAUGGAACUUGAUUCUAUCUUAGACAAGACCUCUGAGGUUUGUUGCGAACUUUCCAUCAAUCGUCAACAUCAGAAGACCUCGGAUAACAUGACAAAGCGCAUCGCCACGUCAACCGCUGGCCGUUGGAAAGGUCUAAAAAAGCGACAAUUUAAGCGGCAGAUAAAAGAUCUCGAAGCCUCGCGCUUAAGGCAAAAAACAUUGGUGCCUCUACUUUGUGAUGCGCUUCUGGGCAGCAAUCCUUCCAGCGCGUUAUCCAUGAACUACCAGGCGGUCAUGGCGGAUUGGAACACGCUGUUAGCAGAGACAUCUGUGCCUGUAAACGCCCCCAGCUCUAGCCCCUACAUCAUUCACGCAUUCAAAUUUAUAGACAACGUGGUUUCUUCAGAGCAAAGCUCUUAUCUGCUUCGACGGUUGGCCUACGCACAGCUGAUGCGGCUUUUUAUUGCGCUCGAAGAUACUAUUAGAGUCGAGAGAGAAUCGGGACAGAUGAUACGAGGUCACCACUAUCGUAACGCCAGUAUUGCUCUGGACAUAUACGUGAGCGCCCAAAGUGACACGUCUGAUCCAGAUGAGCUCCGUCGCAAAUUACGGAAGCGCAGACGCUCAGGCAGGACAUGGGGAGGCCUUUGUAAGCCAUCACCACUUCUCGUGCUGAUGUACUCUAGUUCUGCUGAACAAAUUAUAGAUGAUUUGGAGAAAGUAGAUAAUGUGACCCUUCGAUUGACAGCAACAAGAAUCCUGGCAGAGUGCCCAGCUGAGAUUUUACAUUUUUGUAAUGAUCGAAGCCCGCCGGUGGCUAUAUGGGGUAGUAAAAAAUGA